AAUUAUUCUUGAAUGAUAUUAAUAAUUAACUUCUUAUUGAAGGGAAUAAAACUGUGUAUCCAACAAUUCCAAUAUGGCAGAAGUGAAGUCACUGUUCCGGGAAGUUCUUCCAAAACAAGGACAAUUGUCUGUGGAAGACGUAACCACAAUGGUGCUGUGUAAACCCAAACUUUUGCCCUUAAAGUCUCUGACUCUGGAAAAGCUGGAGAAGAUGCAACAGGCAGCGCAGGAUACCGCUCGCCAGCAGGAAACGGCAGAGAGAACGACAGUGGCUCCCACGGAAAUAACCUCGCGCGUCAGUGCUGCCGGGCCCUGCAGUGGCGAGGAAUAA